GUGCGCCUCGGAGUCACACCGGGAAACAUGGCCACUUACCCUUAUGGCUCUAACUUCCCUGGGGCGUCAGGCCCCGCACCGGGAGCUCCGCCUGGGGGCUACUUCCCCAGACCCCCCCAGGCCGGGGGGCAUUACGGGGGCCCGCAGGCCGGAGGUCAGUAUGGAGGGCCGGCUUUGGGGAGCCAGUAUGGAGGCCAACAGGCGAGUGGUCCUUACGGAACAGCAGGGGGGCAAUAUGGCAACCAGGCCCCGGGGGCACCGUACCGCACAGCUCCGCCCGGGCACUUUGCAGCCUCUGCUCAAGGCGGUCACUACGGGGCCUCGGCUCCAGGGGCCCCGUAUGGAAGUGCGUCUUCAGCGAGAUCCUACGCAGGCUCAGCACCAGGAGGUCCCUACGGAGGACAGACGUAUGGGAUUCCACAGCAAGGACCAUACGCAUCAGGGGCCCCUUCAGCUGUUGGUGUCCCAGCAGGUGUGGACCCUGAAGCCUAUUCCUGGUUCCACUCGGUGGACGCGGAUUCCAGCGGAUACAUCUCCAUGAAAGAGCUGAAACAGGCGCUUGUCAACACCAACUGGUCAACAUUCAAUGAUGAGACCUGCUACCUGAUGAUCAACAUGUUUGAUAAAAACAAAAUGGGUAAGAUCGACGUGUAUGGGUUUUCUGCGCUGUGGAGAUUCCUGCAGCAGUGGCGUAACAUGUUCCAGCAGUUUGACCGAGAUCGAUCGGGGAGUAUAAACGCUCAAGAACUACAGCAAGCGCUCUCUCAGAUGGGGUAUAACCUCAGCCCACAGUUCACCCAGUUUCUCGUGUCCCGGUUUGCCCAGAGACCCACCCAGCCCACUGUCCAGCUGGACAGCUUCAUCCACAUCUGCACCCAGCUGCAGAGCACGAGCGAAGCCUUCAGGGAGAAGGACACCAGCCGUUCCGGAAACAUCCGGGUCAGCUACGAGGACUUCCUGACGCUGGCUGUGUCCCGCAUGCUAUGAUCUGUCGCCAGGGCAGCCACCAAGUGAGUUUAGAGAAAGAGAAGAAGCUGGUUUUACAUUCCUACCGAUCAGUGGAUUAAAACACUUGAUUUCUUUAUAAACUAUAACACACACAGGGAGAUACACACACGGGACACACACACAGGGAGACACACACACAGGGAGACACACACACACACAGAUGCACACACGUGUGCACACACACAAGAAAAAUAAUCAGGAACUAAUAUAGAUAAUAGGGUCACUUCCGCCAAUUUUUUUGCCACCAACUAUGGAUCAGUUUUUUGCCUUCAGCGGCUUUUACACUUGUACUUUAGUGAAGUAAUUGACAGACCUGCCAAAUCUCCCCAACAAAUACGUUGGUUUCGAUUUAAAUUGUUCGAAGCCCUGUUGCCACGAGAACGCUCAGUUUGCACAAAAGCGACUUUAGUGCUAAGUUACGGGACAACGACUCCGGACAGAACAUUCGGAAAGCUUCACAAAGUAUCCGUGGCUUUGAGGUCUAUGGGGUUGCUUUGGUUGAACAACCAAAUUCCCAGAAGGUAGAGCCUGCUUUUGAAACGUAAAUUAAUCUUGUGAAUACAGUAGCGCUGUGUAUGAUGAGUAGAUUACACUCUUCUCUCUUUCCCCACCCCCCCAAUUACUAAAGAUAUUUUCAACCAUCAGCCAAUGUUGACUUGGAGGCGUUGGUUGGCAAAGGGUCGAGUGCGGUGGAAUUGAUGUCCAGGGCUCACGACACGUCACCGUUUCAGUGACUGUUGGACAAACGCCUUUAAAGAAAUAGACGAUAUUGAUUUUCAUGUGGAAAUGUGCCGUCUCCUUAAGGAGGAGGGAGUUGCGGGUGAAUCUGAAGUUGUUUGUCCAGCACAGCACAGCACACGUUUUAUUAUUGGAUAAGUGCCAAUUAGUUUUCACACUAAGUUGAUUUGUGACCAGUAGAUAAAACAAUAUUCUUUUGAACUGCAUUGACUUUGCUCGCUCUCUUUCUCUCUCUCUCAAUAUAUAUAUAUGUAUAGCAGCAUCUCUGGACUAAAGCAGACAAUAUAACAGUAGUUUUUGUGAGCAGUAUUGUAGAUUUGCAUUGACUUUUCUUAUUACCAUUAAAGCAUGUUAGAAAGAAGGGUGUACCAUAUGGAUUGUUUUUCACGUCGGUAUGGCACAAAUAUUAGCAAUAAAACCACGUACGUAGA